AAUAAGGCGAGGGUUGAAGGAUCGAUAUGUGCAUCUUACAUACACCGCGAAACAACUCAUUUUUGUUCUCAUUAUUUCCACAACUCCACGUUGUCAUCGCAAAGUUGUAGAAAUGAAUUGGAAACUGAAAGUGAUAGGUGUCCAUCAUCGUUGUCCAUAUUUAAUCAACCAGCUCGUCAUUCUGGGAAGCAAAAAUCUCAUUGGUUAAGCCAGCAACAAUGGAAGUCAGCCCAUGUUCAUGUUUUGAUCAAUUGUACAGAAGUUAAGCCAUAUCUUGAGUCAGUAUUUUCCAACAAUUGAUUUUGUAAUAUAGUAAAUCAAACUUUCUUUUUGAACUGACCACCUCAUUCAUAUUUUUUGAUAGUUCAUUCCUACAAUUAGAACAAAUAAGUGAAUCAACAGCUCCUUCUCGCAUACAUGAUGAUUUCCCCAAGUGGUUUAAGGAUCAUGUUUACAAUGAACCUAUAAGCGUCAGAAACCAACACUUGAGAGAAUUAUCACUUGGUCCGUUCAUUGAGGUUAAAGAAUGGCACACUCUAUAUGUGAAUGGCUAUAAAUUUCAUAACCAUGAAUGGAGUCAAGGUAAAAAGACAAUAAAUAGUGGAGUUUAUGUCAAAGGGCUUACUGAAGGAGGUGAUGAUGACUUCUAUGGGGUCAUCCAACACAUAUAUGAACUAGAGUACAAUAGUUCAAGUUCUCCCAAGAAAGUCAUGUUAUUUUAUUGUGACUGGUAUGAUCCAUCACGAAGAGGUACAAGAGUAGAUCCCAAAUAUAAUGUUGUCAAUAUUCGCAUGGAUAGAAGAUAUGUGGCAUAUGAUCCAUUUAUUAUUGCUCAUAAUGUAAGGCAAGUUUAUUAUGUCCCAUAUCCAACAUCACGAAUAGAUAAACGCGGUUGGUGUGUGCCAAUUAAAACAAAGCCUAGAGGUCGUAUAGAAUGUCAUGUGGAGGACGAUGUACCGUACCAAGUAGACCAAGUGUCACAUGUCAAUGAAGUCAUAGAAGUAGAACCUAUUUUAGGCUUCCAAGAUUCACAAAUUCUUGUUGAAGAAGAAGAUGAACCAUCCGAGAUACAACCAGUUCAUUUGGAAGAACAUAUUCAACAAGGGGAAUUUGAAGACAAUGAUUUGGAGCAAAAUUAUGAUGAUGAAGAAGGAGAAUUUGAAGACUAUGAUUCCGAAGAGGACAAUGAAGAAAUGGAGAUGGAUAAUGAGAAUUCUGAUUCGUCUGACUAGGAUUAUAUCUAUUAUAGAAAUUGUGAGUAGGCAAAUAUCAUGUUCAAUUGUAACAUCAAUGUUUAAUUAAUAUUUAUAUAAAACCAAUAUAUAUUGUUUCUCGUAGUAAUCACUUGAUAUUUGCAUUGUUUUAAUUGCUACAUAGUAUUUAAUUAUAAUGUUUUAAAAACCAUUAGGUAACAUAAUCAUGUUUAAUUCUAUGUUGUGAAAUGUUUAAAUAUUGAAUGACCACAAUUUGUUAAAUUGUUUUUUUUGCAGAUAAUGGCAUCAGGAGGUGCUGAUAAGUUUCCCCAAUGUCCUUCACUUGGUGGCAACAAAGGAAAAAAGGGGAAAAAACCAAGGUAUGUUCUUAGACUACCUAAACAAACAACCCAGCCACUUGUAGGUUUAGAGCCCAUAACUCCUCAAACUGAAAUCCCUGCACCCAUGCCUCACCAAACAGAAGUUGCUACGAGCACACCUCCCCAAACCCAAAAUGCUAGAACCAUACCUCCUAACACCCAAAUUGCUACACCCCCAUUACCCCAAACCCAAAAUGUUGAACCCACAUGCUCCCAAAAACAAAAUCAGUUACCUUCUUCUAGAGCUUCACAUUGUGAACCUAGUAGCAAUGCAUCACCAAUGUCAGUACCCUCCAGACUUUUUGAAAUUCCUACUGGAGAUGAAGAGCAACUGUCCAACAAUGAUACAUCACCAUUCAACAAUGAAGAUCCACCAGUUGGGUCUGUUCUUCCAAUGAUUGAGCCUUGUAAUGAUGGGUUUUAUCCAAGCAGGGUAGCAUCUAAGGCAAUCACAUUGACUAUUAAGCAACAAUUUGUUGAGCCAUGGAUGACUUGGGGUGCAAUGACGGAAGAACAAAAAGAUAUCUUCUUUCAGCGUUUUAAGAAAAAAGUUUCAUGGAGAGCUGAACAUGAAGAGAAGAUAAAAAAAAUAUUUCACACAAAAGCAUCUCAUAGGCUUUCUGAAAUGUUCAAGAAAGCUCGUCAAAUAAACAAGAAGUCUGAUUGGAUCUUUGAUACA